AUGAACCCAAAGUUCCUCUUCUUUUGCCUCUUCUUGGCGGUGCUCCUCAUUCCUGCUGAACUGAAACGUAAAAAGCACAAACAUCGUCAUCAUCAUGAUGAGCUUCGAAGAAAUGGGCAUCAUAGCCACGGCGGAAAGAAAGGAAGAUUUGAGGACAUAAUUAACGACUUGUUCUUUGCGAAACGAGAGGAAACUGGUGAUGGUGAUGGUGAUGGUGAUGAUGAAGAGGACGAUCACCACAAUAAUUCAGACUGGCUUUUUGAAAUUCAAGAGCCAGAAGGCCAAUGCGACCCAAACCCUUGCCUCAACGAAGGAGUGUGUGAGGAGAAAGGGAAAAGGAAAAAGAAUUUCAAAUGCGAUUGUCCCAAACCUUUCAAGGGAAAGAAAUGCGAGAAAGGACCAAAGUUUUGUAAAAGAGGGAGAUGCGGACAUGGUGAAUGUGUGCUGACUUCAACAGCCCCGUUCUACGAGUGCAAAUGCAAACAGCCCUUCCAGCCUCCACACUGCAGACAUUUUUCAGUGUGUAAUCCUAACCCAUGCAUGAAUGGUGGAGAAUGCAUCAAGGACGGUUCUGACUUUGACUGCCAGUGCCCUCUGGGAUACAGAGGACGUUUCUGCCAUGUUGGCCCAGAUGACUGCUACGUGGAUGACGGAGAUUCAUACCGUGGCCGUGUGAGUGAGACAGAUGACGGCUACGAAUGUCUCUACUGGAACUCUCACUUCAUCCUAGAGAAGGGAGCUGAUCCCUUCAACUCCUUCGAGGACAAAGAUGGACUUGGCCCACACAACUUCUGCAGAAACCCAGACGGAGACGACAUGCCCUGGUGUUUCUACAGAAAAGGCGCAAGGUUGUUGUGGGACUACUGUAAUGUCAUUGAGUGUCCCGAACCAACAGAUGUGGCGCCAACUGAAAUUGUUCCUACCGAAGCUGGUCAUACUGCUCUCAAGCCCCAAACAACUGCGCCUACAGCAACCUCCAAGCCCACUGAGAAGCCCAGCCAGUCUCCACAACCUUCUCCAGCACCCACUGAGAAGCCCAGCCAGUCUCCACAACCUUCUCCAGCACCCACUGAGAAGCCCAGCCAGUCUCCACAACCUUCUCCAGCACCCACUGAGAAGCCCAGCCAGUCUCCACAACCUUCUCUAGCACCCACUGAUCCUCUCGUCCCAACUGCCACCCCUGCACCAAAACAGUUCGCCACCUGUGGGAAGCCUCAGCCAAAAAAGGCCGUUACCCGAAUCUAUGGCGGUCUGAAGGUCGUUCCUGGGGCUGUACCCUGGCAGGUAUCCCUGCAAAUGAGACUGAUGAACUCCAACCAGCCAUUCAGACACACUUGUGGAGGAGUUCUCAUCGAGAGCUGCUGGGUACUGACAGCUGGGCACUGCAUUGGCCAAAUGAAGGACAUGCAGGUGGUUUUAGGAAGUCUGUCACUGGAUACGGAGGAGCCCACAGAGCAAAUUCUGAAAGUUGAAGAGGUUAUUUUACAUGAGAACUACAGAGAGACUUCUCAAGCUGCUUACAACGACAUAGCUUUGUUGAGGCUGAAAGGCACUGAUGGAGUUUGUGCCAAUGAAACUCAAUUUGUGAAGACCGUCUGUCUGCCUGAUGCCCAACUGCCUGAUGGGAUGGAGUGUAAGAUCUCUGGGUGGGGUGCCACUGAGAACUCUCAAUAUGGUACCAACCACCUGCUGGAUGCCAAUGUUCUGCUGAUCGACCAGGAAAAGUGCUCUGAAAAGGGUAUUUAUGGCAGCGUCCUGGAUAAUUCUAUGUUCUGUGCUGGCCACCUGCUGGGAGGAGUGGAUUCCUGCCAGGGUGACUCUGGAGGACCACUAACUUGUGAGCAGAACAAUACCAAUGUUAUUUAUGGUCUGGUGAGCUGGGGAGACCUAUGUGGAAGAAAGAACAAGCCUGGGGUCUACACACGAGUCACUCACUUCCUGGACUGGAUCAAGUCAAAGACUCAAGCAGCAUCUUCUUCAGCAAACUCUUAAUCAGCAUUUUGCAACUGUAGCCAAAGACUCUGUUAUGUAAGAAACAAAGUCUUACUCAUCAUCAUUUAGCAUUUGGGUUUUGUGCAGCUGUUUCUGGUAUUUUGCUUUUUAGGUCUACACAUAUUUUAAAUUCCAAUGCUACUUAACUCAACCCUCCUAAAAAAUCUAGAAAAUGUGCAUUGCCAUUCCCGUUUAAUGUUCAUAUUUCCUUGGUUUUCCCCUGAAGCUUAAAAUACAUUUGAAUUGUGACUGACCUGACCCCUUUAAAGGGAAAAGUGUCAUAUGUUCUUCUUUUUUUUUAUCGAGCACAUUAUUUCUCAGUGGACGGGAAUUACAUAUAAUACAUAUAAUUGUGCUAGAAUGUGUUAUUUACAAAUGUAUUAGCUGCCUGUCAUGGA